AUGUCUGGAUACCCUCCUCAGCAGCAGCCCUACGGCGCUCCUCCCCCUCCCCAGGGCUACGGAUACCCUCCUCCGGGCCAGCAGCCCAUGUACUACCCUCCCCAGGGUCAAGCUCCCCCUCCCCAGGAGGAGAAGAAGGAUGACAAGGGCUGCCUCUACGGAUGUAUCGCCACUCUCUGCUGCUGUUGGCUUUGCGGCGAGACCUGCGAGUGCUGCCUGGAAUGCCUAACAUGCUGCUUCUAA